AUGUCGCUUCCGUCUACUAAACCAGCUCAAACUUCUAUUCGAUCAUUCUUCUCAUCAAAGACGCCCAACUAUGCGCCUCCUCCCUCUCAAACCGCUGCCAAUAUUCCUCCUCCUCCUCCCCCUCCGCCAGCAGCCACUGCCACCCCACCACCCACGAACUCGACCUCUGUGUUCGAAAUCCCACCUCUGCCGACUUCCCUUCCUCAAGAAGCGGUAAUCAGACCUGUCACGGGCGACGACGUAAACGCUUUACGUCGCAUCAACGCCCUCCUCCUGCCCGUCAGCUACCCCGACAACUUUUACCAGCGUGCCGUAGAUCCUUCUGCCUCCGGUCGCUUCUCUCGAGUCAUUACAUGGGCCCACGACGGCGCUGAGGCCAAGGUUGUCGGCGGUGUUGUCUGUCGAGUCGAGCCUCCUCUAGAUCCCAACACUCCAGGCGAUGUGCCUCGCAACCUCUACAUUCAGUCCUUAUGUCUCCUUUCGCCAUACCGAUCGCUCGGACUUAUUAACGCCGCUGUGGACAAUAUCAUUGCUACUGCUGUUUCGGAUCACAGUUUGAAUGUGACGGCUGUGACGGCUCAUGUCUGGACCGAGAACGAGGAAGGAAUGAAGUGGUAUGAAGGUCGAGGCUUCAAGCGCGAGAACCAACCCAUUCAGGGUUACUAUCUCAAGCUACGUCCGAAUUCCGCUUGGCUAGUUAGCCGUCCCAUAGGUGCUUCUGUUCGGAACUUGAUUCCUACUUCGGGAUUGGUAUCCCUAAGCUCUGUCGCCGCCAGCGCAACUGCUACUAUCGCCAAUCUCGACCCAGCUGCCGGUCCUCCCAAGAGUGGCGCCUCGCGACCAACGAUGCCCUCUUCUGCACGAUCCUACCAGAACCAAGGACCCGAAAGGGAGUGGAACGAUUUGCCUGAUGAUAUGGCAAGCAGUCGACUCGCACCACCGCCCCGCGGAGCUUCAGGGGGUACCGGCUCCGGUGCAAGCUCUAGAAGUAGCUCUGCGGCACGAAAGAAGAGGGAUCGUUCCUACCCUGCUGCAGCUUUCGGAAGCUAG